CAACAAAUUACACUUUUAUAGUUUUCAAAAAAAAAAACUUUAAAUAUUAAACAGUUUUAGUUUCUUUUUUUUUUUUCUUUGUUCAUUUCAUUUGUUUUGUAUUAUAUUUUUUUUUCUUUAUAAUAAUAAAUUAAAUUUAAAAAAAAAAAAAAAGAUAUUUUAUUUUAAAACAAAUCUUUAUAAUAAUAAAGUAAUACAUAAUUAUUAUAUAAAAACAAUUUUUUUUUUUUAACACACCCAAAUUUUAAAUAUUUAAAUAAAAAAUAAUUUUUUUUUUUUAUGUUUGUUUUCACAUAAAUAUUUAAAAAUAAACAAUGAAAUUUUUAGUUUAUAUUGACGAUAAAGAACCAUCGUUCUCUGCUUUUUACAGAGUUUUAAACUUAGUAAAAGAGAAUGAUUGGGUUAUCAUUGUUGCAAAGGUUAAAUUCUAUAAGGGAAUUGGCCAUCGUUCAUCCCAUGUUAUGAAACAUUUUACAAGAUUAUUAGAUAAAAAACAUAUUAAAAAUUUAACUUUUAUAGAAUAUGGCUCUAUUAAACAUAUUAUUAAAAAUAAAGUUAAAUUGCUAAAAAUCGAUAUGAUUUUAAUUGCUGCCCACAACUCAAAAACCAAAAGAUUAUGUAAUUACUGUUCAGAUAAUAUCUCAUGUAACUUAAUGGUUGUAAGAGAGUUUGUACCAUUGGAAGAAUAUUUAAUUCCUCCAAGUAACAAAGCCGAUUAUUCUGUACCAGGGGACUUAAACCCAUUAAAGAAAAAACCUUUACAAACCUCCGAAUCAAUGUCCUCAAUCGAAUCACCAAUGGCCGGUUCCAAACCAUCAAGUCUUAUCAACUCACCAUCUAUGGAAACUGUUAUCCCGGUUAAUAAAAAGUCCAGCAGUUUAUCUCCAUCAACAAGCUCCUCACUCUCUAAAUCCAUGGAUACCACUCCGAUAAUGUAUGAAAAGAAGAGAAAUAAUAUCUUUGAUAACAGAAACAAAGAUAAUUCAUAUGAUAGUGAUGAAUCAGAAGAAGAAGAAGAAUACAACAAAAAGACACAUCAUGGUAAGGCUUUAGAAGAAUACCAUUCUGAAUAUCGUCUUGUCUCCUCUCCAGCCAAUUUAACUAAAAGAAAAGAAGAGGAAGAAAAAUUAAGAAAGUCAAAUUAUCCUCAAAAAUCUCAUGAAAUCCCAUCUCAAUAAAUAAUAAUAGCCAGUAGUAAUAAUAAUAAUUUAUAUUAAAAAAAAAAAAAAAAUGAUUUAAUUUUCAUUAAAUUUUAUUAUUUUUUUUUUUAUUGUUUGUACACUAAAAAAAUAAAAAAGUAAAAAAAAAAUUUAAAUAAU